GGGCGGCCCGAGUCGCGGCCGAGGCUGCGGCCACGAGCGGCCGGCGGCCCCAGAUAGAGAGCGGAGCCCAGCGUGUCCGGCCUGGCGGCGGGGACUUGCAGGCCCCGAGAUCCGGGAGGAGGAGCCGACACCCAGCCCCGAACCGAUCCCGCCCCAGCCCUGGAGGGACUCACAGGCCCCCUUCCCCGCGGCUCGCCGACUUCCCUCCGUGACGAAGUUUUCUCCUGUGCCUUCCCGAGGAUUGCUCUCUAGUUCUAGGACUCGCCUUCUGACCGACUUGCUCGGUUUGUUUUGGGAGAUAACCUGCUUCGCUCCCACCCACAUCCCCUUUCCGUGACCCCCCCCCCCAGUCGGACGUUCUAGAUGACUGAAUGGAGUUUUGAGUUGAACUUUUGUGUUCCUUGCGGAAUCGGGCCUGAUCCCGGAGCACUGGGGGUGGGGUGGAGGUGUUACUGUAAAAUGCAAGUUGGCUAAAAGGAGGAUCUCUCGCCACGGGCCCCAAUGAGUGGCACACAGUCUACUAUCACCGACAGGUUUCCCCUCAAAAAACCUAUAAGGCAUGGAAGUAUUUUGAACCGAGAGUCACCAACAGAUAAGAAGCAGAAAGUUGAACGCAGUGCAUCACAUGAUUUUGAUCCCACAGAUAGCUCCUCCAAGAAGACAAAGUCUAGUUCAGAGGAGAGUAGAUCCGAGAUAUAUGGUCUUGUUCAGCGUUGUGUGAUCAUCCAGAAGGAUGACAAUGGAUUUGGGCUGACGGUCAGUGGAGACAAUCCAGUCUUCGUACAGUCUGUCAAAGAAGAUGGAGCAGCCAUGCGGGCUGGAGUACAGACAGGUGAUCGGAUCAUCAAGGUGAAUGGAACACUGGUGACUCAUUCAAACCAUUUGGAAGUGGUGAAGCUAAUCAAAUCGGGUUCCUAUGUAGCUCUUACUGUUCAGGGACGCCCACCUGGGUCGCCCCAGAUUCCACUUGCCGAUUCCGAAGUAGAGCCGUCAGUCACUGGACAUAUGUCUCCCAUCAUGACAUCCCCUCAUUCACCUGGAGCAUCUGGGAAUAUGGAGAGAAUUACUAGUCCUGUGCUCAUGGGGGAGGAAAACAAUGUGGUUCAUAACCAGAAAGUAGAAAUUCUAAGAAAAAUGUUACAGAAAGAACAGGAACGGCUACAGUUAUUGCAGGAAGAUUACAACCGAACACCUGCCCAAAGGUUGCUAAAAGAGAUCCAAGAGGCCAAGAAACACAUUCCUCAGCUGCAAGAGCAGUUAUCCAAAGCCACAGGCUCUGCUCAGGAUGGAGCUGUAGUUACAUCCUCCAAGCCAUUAGGUGACACACUAACAGUCAGUGAAGUAGAAGCGGAUCCUGGUGAUGGACCAGGCAGAAGUGACUAUAGCAGUGGAGAUGCUUCUCGGCCCAGUAGUGACAGUGCAGAUAGUCCCAAGAGUGGCCUGAAAGAGAGGAUUUAUCUAGAGGAAAAUCCAGAGAAAAGUGAAGUAAUUCAGGACACUGACACUCAAUCACUUAUCGGGAGCCCCUCUACUCGUAUAGCACCUCAUAUUAUUGGAGCAGAGGAUGAUGACUUUGGUACUGAACAUGAACAGAUCAAUGGGCAGUGUAGCUGUUUCCAGAGCAUUGAACUGCUAAAAUCUCGCCCUGCUCACUUGGCUGUUUUCUUACACCAUGUAGUUUCACAGUUUGACCCUGCAACAUUGCUCUGUUAUCUCUAUUCAGACCUUUAUAAACAGACCAAUUCCAAGGAGACUCGUCGUGUCUUCCUUGAGUUUCAUCAGUUCUUCCUGGAUCGAGCUGCACACCUGAAAGUUUCUGUUCCAGAUGAAAUAUCAGUAGAUCUAGAAAAAAGAAGACCUGAACUUAUUCCUGAGGAUCUACAUCGCCACUAUAUCCAAACCAUGCAAGAAAGAGUCCACCCAGAAGUCCAGAGGCACUUGGAAGAUUUUCGGCAGAAACGUAGCAUGGGGCUGACCUUGGCUGAAAGCGAACUGACGAAACUUGAUGCAGAGCGAGAUAAGGACCGGGUAACUUUGGAGAAGGAACGGGCAUGUGCGGAACAGAUUGUUGCCAAAAUUGAAGAAGUUUUGAUGACUGCUCAGGCUGUGGAAGAAGAUAAGAGUUCGACAAUGCAGUAUGUUAUCCUCAUGUACAUGAAGCAUUUGGGAGUAAAAGUGAAAGAACCUCGAAAUUUGGAGCACAAGCGGGGUCGGAUUGGAUUCCUUCCCAAAAUCAAGCAAAGUAUGAAGAAAGAUAGGGAAGGAGAAGAAAAAGGGAAGCGAAGAGGAUUCCCCAGCAUCCUGGGACCCCCAAGGAGACCAAGCCGUCAUGACAACAGUGCAAUUGGCAGAGCUAUGGAACUACAGAAGCAGCGCCACCCUAAGCACUUAACCACACCCUCAUCUGUGAGUCCUGAACCUCAGGACUCUGCUAAAUUGCGCCAGAGUGGAUUAGCAAGUGAAGGAGCAGACAUUGGAUACCUGCCAGCCAAUUCCAUGUCCUCCAUAGUUUCAGGGGCCACUCUUUCCCAGGAAGGAGGGAAAGAGAAUGAUAUGGGAUCAAAGCAAGUUGGAGAAACCCCAGCAUCUGGAGACUCCUUAGAUGGCGUACCUCGUACUCCCAAUACCAUCUUUGAUUUCCCACCUCCUCCAUUAGACCAGGUGCAGGAGGAGGAAUGGGAAGUAGAAAGGGUGACUGAGCAUGGGACACCAAAGCCCUUUAGAAAGUUCGACAGCAUAGCUUUCGGAGAAAGUCAAAGUGAGGAUGAACAGUUUGAAAAUGACUUAGAGACAGAUCCACCCAACUGGCAACAGCUCGUUAGUCGAGAAGUGUUACUGGGACUAAAGCCUUGUGAGAUCAAAAGACAGGAAGUAAUUAAUGAAUUGUUCUAUACUGAAAGAGCUCAUGUUCGAACACUGAAAGUUCUAGACCAAGUGUUCUAUCAGCGAGUGUCCAGAGAAGGACUUCUGUCACCUUCAGAACUCCGGAAAAUUUUUUCAAACUUGGAAGAUAUUCUUCAACUUCACGUUGGGUUGAAUGAGCAGAUGAAGUCUGUUCGAAAGAGGAAUGAAACCUCUGUUAUCGAUCAGAUUGGGGAAGACUUGCUGACCUGGUUCAGUGGACCUGGGGAGGAAAAGUUAAAACAUGCUGCUGCUACCUUUUGCAGUAACCAACCCUUUGCCCUGGAAAUGAUCAAGUCUCGUCAGAAAAAGGAUUCUCGAUUCCAGACUUUUGUGCAAGAUGCUGAGAGUAAUCCACUGUGUCGUCGUCUGCAGCUGAAGGAUAUCAUUCCCACCCAAAUGCAGAGGCUCACUAAGUACCCUCUUCUGUUGGAUAAUAUUGCCAAAUACACAGAAUGGCCAAUGGAAAGGGAGAAGGUGAAGAAAGCUGCAGAUCACUGUCGUCAAAUCUUAAAUUAUGUAAAUCAGGCUGUUAAGGAGGCAGAAAAUAAGCAGCGCUUAGAAGAUUAUCAGCGUCGCCUUGAUACCUCCAGUCUGAAGUUGUCAGAGUACCCAAAUGUUGAAGAGCUCAGGAAUUUGGAUUUAACAAAAAGGAAGAUGAUUCAUGAAGGGCCAUUGGUUUGGAAGGUGAACAGAGAUAAAACUAUUGAUCUUUACACACUGCUGCUGGAAGAUAUUCUUGUAUUAUUACAAAAGCAGGAUGAUAGACUGGUGUUAAGGUGUCAUAGUAAAAUUCUGGCGUCUACAGCUGAUAGUAAACACACAUUUAGCCCCGUCAUUAAGUUGAAUACAGUGUUGGUUCGACAAGUGGCAACAGAUAACAAAGCUUUAUUCGUCAUCUCCAUGUCUGACAAUGGAGCCCAAAUUUAUGAACUGGUGGCACAGACAGUUUCUGAGAAGACUGUCUGGCAGGACCUAAUCUGUCGGAUGGCUGCAUCAGUGAAGGAGCAAUCCACAAAGCCAAUUCCACUGCCACAGUCACCACCUUGCGAAGGAGACAACGAUGAAGAAGAACCUCCAAAAUUAAAAGGGGAACAUCAUGGCAUUUCAGUCACUGGUCUGCAGAGUCCAGACAGAGAUUUGGGAUUAGAGUCCCCCUUAAUAUCGUCAAAACCUCAGUCUCAUUCAUUGGGUACCUCUGGGAAAUCGGAGGUAGAUGAUCUCUUUGUGGCUGAGAGACAGUUUGCAAAGGAGCAGCAUGCAGAUGGGACUCUGAAGGAAGCCGGAGUGAAUUACCAAAUCACGAUCCCAGGUCCACACUUGCCUGUCUCAGAAGAGCGGUGGGCAUUGGAUGCACUAAGGAAUUUGGGUUUGUUGAAGCAACUGCUGGUACAACAGCUGGGUUUGACUGAGAAGAGCACUCAGGAAGACUGGCCGCGUUUCCCAAGAUGCAGGACUGCGUCCCUGGGGGCGCAGGCAGACUGUGGAACCCAGAACUCUGACAAUAUUAAGGCCUAUCCCCCUGGUGAAGGACGGAUGCCCUUUAGAACUGGAACUGGUGACAUUUCCACUUGUUACAGCCCACGGACUUCAACUGAAUCUUCUGCUCCACGGGAUUCAGUGGUACUGGCAUUCCAAGAUAGCCAGGCAAGUAACAUUUUAGUAAUGGACCACAUGAUUAUGACCCCAGAGAUGCCUCCUGCAGAGCCAGAAGGGGGUCUUGAUGAGAGUGGAGAGCACUUUUUUGAUGCCCGUGAAGCACAUAGUGAUGAUAAUCCAUCAGAAGGUGAUGGAGCAGUUAAAAAGGAAGAGAAGGAUGUUAAUUUGCGCAUCUCAGGAAACUAUUUGAUCCUUGAUGGCUACGAAGCAGUGCAGGAGAGCUCCACAGAUGAGGAUGUUGCUUCCUUGCUUCCCCCACAGCCCGUGACAGGCAUCCCCUCCAUGGACCCUACCCACCAGCAGCAACAUUCUCCCCAGAACGCUCAUUCUGAUGGGGCAGUUUCACCGUUCACCCCAGAGUUCCUGGCCCAGCAGCGCUGGGGAGCGAUGGACGAUUCCUGUUUUGAGAUUCAGAGUCCCUCCUCUUGUGCAGAUGCACAAAGCCAGAUCAUGGACUACAUUCGUAAGAUAGAGACUGACCUUGAACACUUAAAGAAAGUGGAGGAAAGUUACACCAUUCUUUGCCAAAGGCUGGCUGGAUCAGCCCUCACAGACAAGCACUCAGAUAAAAGUUAGAGCUGCUUGUCCUGGAGGUGACUGAAGGUUGGAUUUGAGCGUUGAUCGACCUUGUAUCACCACAUCCUGGCUCCAGUGUGGACACACAGAGCGUGUGUGACAGGGGAUGUGCCUGCGGACUCCCUGGGGUGGCCGUGUCCCGAGGUGCCCAGAGCGGGACUGGUUCUUCACAGCCUGGCAGCUGCACUAGUUUGUCAGUGAGGGAGCACCCCUUCUCUCACUGCUCUCCUCACUACCGGAAAUUCACUUUGAUUCAGAACAAAAACCAAAUGUAUAGAGUUUUGGGUGUAGAAUAUGAGAUUUUACUUAGACUUAAGAGAAAGAGAAAAUCAGAUGUAUUUAUUUGACUUCAUUCCGUAUUUGAAAGCACAUUUUAAUUUUUAUUUUGCCAUGUUUUAUUUGAAUUGAGUAGUGAGAGUUUUAGCCCUUUGUGUUUAGUACACCCAAGGAUCGAUUGCUCCUGAAGCAAAGAAUUCAGGAUGGGGUAUUAGGAGGUGGGAUAGAGAGGUGACGAGGAGGAGGGAGUAAGCAGAGGGAGGGAGGAGCAUCCAGCCUUCACUAAAACUGUACCCCAGUAGGCUGUUCCUCUGAGAGUCACCUCAAAAGCAUAGUCUGCCGCAGCUCCUAAGUGCAGAGGACUUGAGCUCUGUGCUCCCAGGUAGGGCUUCCUCCCACCCGAGGCAAGCACCUCUUCUCUGUAGCUGGGAUCUACUCCCAAUUAACAGGAAUCCUCAAUGUACUAAAUAGCAGGCACUUGAAAAGUGGGUGUGUUUUCUUCUGUUGUCUCCUUUUCUGUUGAGGGUUGGAAUUUGAGAGGGAGAGGAAAGCAAAUUUUAUUUUCUUGACUAUAAUAAUUUGUUAUUCUUGGUAUUGCUUCAUUUUUAUAAUUAUACAUUAGACUUUGGCACUUGUGUAAAAUUAUCCCUGCCGAUUGAGCAGAAGGGAAAAACAAACAUGUUUCAGAUGGUGGCAGGGGUGGGGGUUGCUGAGGAGGGUGGGACGGGAGCGGGUAAGAGUUUGGGAAGGUGAUGUAGCUGAAUCACUACUGAGUUGAACAAUGGCUUGCAUUAGCCACGGGUACACUGAUUAUAAGGCCAGUAAAAUUUUAGUACCUGGAGGUUUGACUCUGAUUUUUGCACUGAUGGUGCCAAAGGGCUCUUUGAAUUAAAAGGAGAGCCAAGAGUGGAGUGGAGAAAGAUGUGCUGGAGAAGGCAGAGCUGCUCAAACCAGCUCCGGAAGCACUUCCUCUGACUUCACUGCUGGAGCUUUCUCCACACUGGUGCAGGACUGACCUUAAAACAUUGCAGACCAGAACAUACACUGGAUACUGCGGGCAAGGCACUGGUAACUGCCUGCUCUAGAAUGAAUAGCAGUGCUGGCAGCACCCUCCAGAGGAUAAAUGUUUCAGAACUGUAACUUGAGAACUCCUUCAGUUAUAUUGGCUUUCUAUGGUUUUCUUUGUGCACCAGGCAUAUAUGUUUUGGAGUAUUUUUGCCAAUUAAAACGAAAUCAUUUGUCAGAUAGUAAAAUUCUGUUAAUAUUCAAGGAGUUCAUCCACUGCUCAUGUCUUUCAGUAGUGCCCUCUGAACUCUGAGGGUAAUUAGGGUGUAAUUUUACUCUUCCCUGCCAUCCCCCAACCCUCCCUCCAAAUAUAUAUAUUUUCUCCCUCAUCACAAGUGGUAAGGAUUCCCAACUACUUUUAUAAACACCAGUGCAACUUAACAGGCUCAACAAGCUCACCUAUGUCCAGAUCCCUGUUUCUGUCUUUCCAAAACUAUUCUGUUUUUAAGUAGACCAACUUGGAUCAUUGGACCGUAUCAAUAAACUAGAAUUUUAUUUUGAAUUGUAGCCCACGUAUUCAGUAAAUCAAAAUGGGAUUAAAAUUUUUAGAAGCAGAAGUUAAUAUUUAAGUAAAGUUUGGAACUUGAACUUUCUGUAUCUCUCAAGAGAAGCAAGUGGAAACCAAAUGGUUACAAUUGUGCUGCUGGAAAUAAUGUAGUCACUCCCAACUAAAGGGGCUAUACCUGUAGUUACUUGACACUCAUACCAUCAGUGGGCAAUUCAUCAGGAGGAAGGUAAAUGUAAAUAGAAUUUUCAUUUUCACUUCAGACAGUACAGGGUAAUUGCAUGAUUCUCUAGCACUCAUUCAAGAAGCUUUGUAAGAUACCAAAGUUUUGGUUUCUCUUCUAGCUCAGCCAACCCCUUGUCCUUAGCAACUGUUUGCUUUUGUUUCCCUGCAGUUUAACUUCUCCUUGAAAUAAAAACAGGGCUAACUGGAAAAAUAUUUUGACCAUAGCUCUAGUACUUCCGAAUAAAUUCAUAUCGAGAUUUUCAAAUGAAGCCCCAAACUGAAGUCUGAUUCUGAAAUGAUUCCAUAAUUUUGAGUGUUCCUGUUAUCUUAACGAGCCUAACUUCCUUCCCAGCCUGGCCUCCCACACCCUCUUUUUUUUUUUUUUUUGUGGCCAUUAUAAUGACGUCCAUUUUACUUUGAUACUAUAUCUGCCUUUCAGGAUGAUGGAAUUCAAUAUUCACCUUUGUUUGAGUGAGGCUAGUUACUAUCAAGCUGUUCUCUCAAAGUUAACGUGACUGGAAGUUGGAAUCUACUUCCACACGGAAAGAUCCAAGAGUGGUGGAAAAAGCAACCUUCCCAGAGCAGGAGAGCUGGGGUUUAGCUGUUGCAGUGACCUGCCGUGACCCUGUGCUGUCUCUCUCCUGUGGGCCUGAUGGCUCCUCUGCUAUGAAGUGACAAAUUACAUUUGGAAUGUCUCCUUCCUUUUCAGAGAACAGAGUUAAUCAAGGUAAAUCAACAAACCCCCAAAGUGCUAUAAUUUACGAUCAUGAUUACCGCCCUAGAAGCCAUGUACUUGGCAUACUUUAAAAUCAGCUAACUUGAACUGCUUGAGUUAUCUUGGCUUUUAGGACCUAAACCGUAAUUACCUAUUAUAUGAUACUGCGCCGAAGGUCUAUUUUAUAAGCCUUUUGGCUUUCUUUUCCCUAAAACAACUUCUAAUGACUGUUAGAAAGGUGAGUCCCUCUGAAAAAGGUUUUGUUAAUUUGUUUUUGGAGGAAGGUGGGGAGCUAUUGUGACAGUAGAGGAGGAAAGCCUAUUUUUUCUUAUUUUUGAAGCUAAAGAAAGUAAUUAUGCUUCCUGUGAGUUGUCUUUUAUUUGCGUACUUGUUUUUCCUCUGAAACUUUCUUUUUGAUGUUGGUAAAUUUGGUGUAUUACCUGGAGCUUCUGUAUUUCAAACUGGAAGCCGUCUUCUUUGAAGGUGGUUUGUGGUGUUAUUUUGACCGACUAGAGCUUUGGUCAGCAUUUCCUUCCCUACGUGUCACAGAGGGCACCAUUCAGGACUGUGUCCAGAGGACCUCAAAGUAGAAAGUCAGCAGGACCUUCCAGUCCUCUUUCUGCUGGCUAGCUUUCUCCCCCCUAGUGUUACAAUUUUUGUUUUGUAAAUUAUGGGUUGUUUUUUUUCCUGACUUUUCCACCCCUUUUCAAAGUGAUCUGCAAAAUUGUCCUUUCUUCAAGAAAAGAGUUCCUUUUGCCUUAUUCUUCCCCCUUUGGUACUGAUGGUUUGGAAAAUAAACUGAUAGGAAAAAAAGUACCUCCUAGAAGGAAGCCCUGUUCACCGUGUCUGGGUGCCAACAGCUAAGCAGACGUACUGCAAACAUGAUAAACUGUAAUGUGCACACUGCGGGUUAUUUUUACUCAGCCUCUUCCCACUAGAACAUUUUACCUUCCUUGUUCACCAUACAAUCAUGUACUCUUUAACAGAAAUUACUUUUAAAGAAAUCUGGAACUAUCUUUAAAAAAAAAACUUUAUUAAUAAUCGUGUAUUUUUACUGAUCACAUUUUUAAAUGCCUAAAAGACUUUAUUGUUCUAAUUAUCCAGACGUACCUUUGUAAAAUAGCUCUUUUAUGAAUUAGCUGUAAGGCUGUAUGUUUCUGGAACAAAAUAUUGGUCAUCUAAAAACUCUGUUUUCUGGGGUCUGGGAAAAUAGAAAAUGAGAAUUCAAAUAUUAAAUAUGCUUAAAGGAACCAA